GCUCACUCGGAUUCUUAGCCAUACUUUCAAGCCGCAAGCACCAUGGCCUUCUCCGCAUUCGCACCAAGCGUAUCGUCCGCGGCAACGACCGCUUCCGUUAGCCAAACCACGAAACCGAUCCGCCGCCCGUCCGCGGUCGUCGGUUGCAAGACGACUAUCGCGCGGGCUCGCCGUAGCGACACCGGCUUCGUCAAGUUUGGGUGCCCUCGUCGUUCUUCUAUGAACGUCCUUGUUUACGCUGCCGGGGGUGAGGGUGAUGAUUUGGAUGAUGAAGAAAACGCCAGGCGUGCCGCGGAGCCCGAGGUUGAGGUUAUUGAGGGGGACGAGGAGGUGGAGGAGCCCGCAGCGGUUGAGGCCAGCAAGUGCAACGAGCUGCUUGGCAAGCUUCGAGAGGCAGUGGAAGCCGGAAACGCGGCGGACGUCUUGGCAGAUGUUCUACCCGAGCUCACAUCUGAAGUGUCCGGCAUCGAGUCUGCUUUUGGCGACAUCCAGGCUGCAAAUGUCGGCCUCAAGGACCAGGCCGACACUCUCAAGGACCAAUAUUUGCGUCUAAAUGCGGAUUUUGACAACUUCAAGAAGCGAACGCUCAAGGAAAAGGAGCAGCUCUCACAGACCGCAAAGAGCAAGUUCUUCGAGGCUUUGCUGCCUGCGCUCGAUAACUUUGAUCUCGCACAGGCCAAUCUGAAGCCUGAAAACGAAGAGGCGCAAAAGAUUGUUUCGCAGUAUCAGGGCCUUGUCGACGGACUGAUGACUAUCCUUACAAACCAGGGACUGUCCACCGUUGCUGGUGUGGGGGCGCCAUUCGACCCCAAUUUCCACGAGGCGAUCAUGCGCGAAGAGAGCGCAGACGCACCGGAGGAUACGAUUCUAGAGGAGUUUAGAAAGGGCUACAAGAUGGGUGAGAACACUCUCAUUAGGCCUGCGAUGGUGAAGGUCGCAGCAGCCCCAAGUGAAUAAAUUUGCAACUAAGGCCUACUGA